AUGAGGGGUGAUAUUGAUUGGAGCGCCAGGCCAUUUCCUUGUACUAAUGUGGAGAAGAAGCUCAUGCCAUUACAUGGUACUGCUCCAAUAUUCUUCAAAAAUGGUUUCUAUUGCGUAGAUUGUGAUGGAACUUUAGGGGCUCUUCACCUGAAAAAAGAUGGUAGCUGGAGUGUUCUCGCCAAACCCAAGAAAAUAUUCAACAAUGAUAUGCAUCCAAAAUUGCUGGUGGUGUGUGGAGGAGAUCUUUUAUUAAUCAAACUAGGACAUCUCGGCACGGCAGUCAGGAUAUAUAGAUUGGAUUCAUCUGAAAUGGAAUGGGUUAAAGUUGAAAGUCUGGGAAAGCAUAUGUUGUUCAUCAGUGAGACCUCAUGUAUGUCGGCAGUCGCUCCGAAUACCCAGAUGGAGAACAUAAUCUAUUUCCCACGAACAUACCUGAAUGGAGGUGGGAUUUUGUCAUAUUCACUUGCAACAGGUAGCUAUCACUCUUCUUUUACAGAGAAUUGUCAAGAUUCUCUUAAGAACAGUUUUCAUGAGACAAAAGGGUGGCUUUCGAACUGCACCUGGAUUCAGCCAAAUUGGUGCAAGUCUACAGAACAAGAGCUUGACUGGCUCAAUCCCCUUCGUUGA